AUGUCUCAAUUGCCUAGCACCUCGCAAACAAUUAUGCACAACAUUAAAAGAGAAGAAAAAGAGUUGUGCAUUGAAAAUUCUGUACAUACGGAGGGAUUUCGAUUUCACCCAACAGAUACAGAAUUGGUGAAAUAUCUUUUACAGUAUGUAUUAAAGGGACGUUUACCUGAAUUAAUUCCAAUUGAAGAAGAAGAUCUUUAUUCCAAAGAACCAUGGGUUGUUUUUAAAGAUAGAAAAGAGAGGACUUUAUAUUUUUUCACGGAGUUGAAGAAAAAAAAGAUAGAAAAUUCAAGGUUUAUUCGAAGUGUAGGUAAAGGUUCUUGGAAAUCUCAAGACAAAGGGAAACCUGUGUGUAGUGAAAAAGGUUCAGUUAUGGGAUAUAAAAGAAGCCUAAGGUACCAGAAUUCAGGUUCACCUCAAGAUGGCCAGUGGCUUAUGAAAGAAUAUUCUCUUACUGAUGAGGUCAAGAAGAUCUUACAUCAACGUUCUCGAGGAUACGACAAAGAUAAUUAUGUACUUUGCCGAGUCAAAAGAAAGGUAGCUAAAGACGAUCCAAUUGCCAGAAAAGAGAGCAUUGAAGCUGCAGAGCUCGAGGCAAUUAUGAAUCCUACUGAUGGCUCCACCAAAUUUCCUAAUUUAUCAAUUGAUGAUGUUGCAAAAUUAAAGAUGCGGAUGCAGUUUGCCAGCGGAAAGUAG